GUCAGUCAUCGUCAGGCCAGGCAGUGUUGUUUCCACAUCAGAUCCAUCGAAGAGUUCAAUCAGUGUUCAGCUGUUCGUCAUCUCAUGAACUAAAUUUCAAUAUUAUACUUAACUUUCAUUUGUUGUAUCGCUCUCUAAGGGUACAUUUAGCAUUUAGUGUUAAUGAAAGCGAUGAAAUGAAUUUCCAAGAAGGUCUAAUCGCUGCAUUUUCCGUGGUUGCUUCACUGCUCAUUGUCCUUGUUGUGGUUUGUUUAGGUUGGUACCUGGUGUGGAAGCUGUUCCUGUCCCGAUUCAAGCUGGUUCGGGAGCUAUUGGGGCUGAAGCAGUCUACGGAUUCGCCAACGUACGCGGAGAACCUUUCCGGAGAGGGGGCCAGCAGUAAAACACGUAACGCCCGUAAGGUACGAAGAGAUUGAUCCGUCUGGGAGUUGAGACACAUAAUUGAUUUAACUAAAGAGCUCGAAGCGUAGAAAGUGCCAGCAAGAUGAAUAUCCGUUGCGCCAAACCCGAAGACUUGAUGAACAUGCAGCACUGCAAUUUGCUGUGCCUUCCGGAAAACUAUCAGAUGAAAUACUACUUCUACCACGGGCUUACGUGGCCACAGCUCAGUUACGUAGCCGAGGACGAUAAGGGCAAUAUCGUUGGGUACGUUUUGGCCAAAAUGGAAGAACCGGAGCCGGGUGAGGAGAGCACCCAUGGUCACAUUACCUCCCUGGCGGUUAAACGCUCCUAUCGUCGGCUGGGACUGGCCCAGAAGCUUAUGAACCAGGCUUCGCAUGCGAUGGUGGAAUGCUUCAACGCUCAGUACGUGUCGUUGCAUGUGCGGAAAUCAAACAGAGCUGCCCUGAACCUAUACACCAACUCGCUUGGGUUCCGAAUCCUGGAGAUCGAGCCCAAAUACUACGCAGACGGCGAGGAUGCCUACUCGAUGCGACGUGAUCUAGCCGAGCUGGCGGAAUUGUACGGUGCCGGACGGGAACACAGCGAUGCUGUGAUAUCCAAUCACACGGGUGGGAGCCAUGCUGGACACGAUGGACACUGCUGUUGAACUGCCGAAGGUAUAAACCAAAUAAUGGAUCAACUUCUCUUUUUUACUACGACAACAAAUAAUGAGCUAGGUAAAAUGAUUCUAAGCAACAUCAAUAUAAAAGAUGAACAUCGAUGAGGUAAACGGA